AUGCACCAAGAAGAGCUUCCAUACCCACCAGCACAGUAUUCGUCGGCCCAAAUCAGACGUCGUGGAUAUUGCCAGCAGGCUCAUACGGACCGGAAAUCCUGGGAGCACGGGGUAUGUGCCUGUGGCGGUGGCGGCGGCGGCGGCGGCGGCGGCGCCAACAUCCACGGUAGCACCUGCAGCGGCGGUGGCGGCUGCAGCCAUGGCGACACGCAACAGCAGCUCCACGCACCCCACCAACAUCCGCACCAAUAUCAAGGCCAACACCAGCACCACCCACGGAAGUCGCUUCAUACCUUACUGCUGCCGAACCACCAGCAGCAGCAGCAGCAGCAGCAGCAGCCAGCACCGCAGGACAACGAGCGGCUUGGAAACCACCUCAACCGCCCCAACAGCUACCUCAACUACCUCAACCAACACCACCACACCCAUCCGCACAGUGCCCCAUCCCGCGGUGACGGCGCCAAGCAGGGCGAUCACGCCAGCGCCGCCGGAGGCUUUGCUGACGGCGACAGAAUUGCACGGCAAACAAGCGAAGCCGGCGCUAACGCCACAGCCGCAGCCGCCGUACCACGGCGACCCGUGAACGCCAGCGCCCCGCAACAUGACCACCAUCCCCCGACCACAAAACUGCAGCCACGAAACUCUCACAACCCUAUCCCCCCCCAACAGUGGCAGCAGCAACAACAAAGACAACAGGAAGGGCCGCAAUCCGAAAACCCGGGGAAGCAGCCAGAGGCGACGGCAGGCACCGCCACUGCAGCAGCAGCAGCAGCAGCAGCAGCAGGGGGAGCUGCCGGUCAAACUCCGCCACGUUUAAGUCGAGCGGGCGCGAUCCGGCGGCGCAGUACGAUGUUCCUUGUCAGUCCAGAGCAGGACGAAUUGCUGGCCAGGGCGGUGGAGAAGGCGCGCAGGAUGUCCGACACGGUGGGAGCAAACCGUGGCACGGACAUGGUGUUGAGCCUGCUGGGCAGCGCCAGGCGGGCCAGCGGCCGAAGCAGCCUGCAGGUGCAGUCGGGCACACGUAACGGUGUCGUGGCCGUGCGACGGCCCUCAGCCACGUCAGCGAUGGCGGCGGCAGUAGCGGGGAGCCCGGCCUCGCGGCAUCCGGAGGUUCGCGGCAGUAGCUCCCUCCUCCAUAUCGGUGGCGGCGGUGGCGGCGGCGGCGGCACGGAAAAACUGCUCCUGCCUGAUGUUGGCGGCGGCGGCGGCGGCGGGCGGCUGGGCACUGAGCAGGGACUCAUGCUUUGGGCUGGUAACAAAUCGCGUGUGGAGCGAGCACGCUUGGCUGUACGGCUGCUGCAAGCCACAGACCUGGGACGGUCGAAAGAAGAGAAGCAGAUUGACCCAUACGCGGUGGUGUCGUGCGAGGGCAAGUCAUACACAUCCAAAGCGGUUAUGAAGAGCAAGGAUCCGUUUUGGGACGAGUUCUUCGUAUUUGACGUACCUCAGCCGGCGUUUGCGGAGCUGAAAGUCAAGGUGUACGACCAUUUGCGCUGCUGGCGGCCAGGUGACAUUUUUUCAAUUGUGUGGUGGAAAGGAUGGCGUGUCAGGAUGGCCGUUCAGGACGACUCAGGACAGAUGCCGGGGCUUCAGGUGGGGCAUGUAGUGGUGCACCAGUACGGCACACGCCUUCCCCAAAUGCGGUCUUGGAAUGAAUCGUGCUCGUGCUCGUACUCGUGCUCGUGCUCGUGCUCGUGCUCGUACUCGUGCUCGUACUCGUGCUCGUGCUCGUGCUCGGCAGCACUGUAA